CACAGCGUGAUGAUGAUGAUGAUGAUGAUGAUGGGGCUGUCAGAGGGAUCUGCCCAGGUGUGUGUAGGAGACGCAUAGAUGCACACCUGAUGAAACAGCUCAGCAGGUCCACUAACACACCGACCUGAGCCGCCGGAUACCCCAGCAGAAGCGUCAAACGUCGACUCUUUUCCACUGAAGAUGGAUAUUUCAUUCACCUUGCAGAAGUACACGGACGCUUGAGAUGCAGGCCAUUGAUCCAGUGCAGAAGUCUUUGGGGCUGUAGUCCUGGACAGAAGGAUCCUUCAAACUGAGGGAGAGACUAGUGGUGGGAUGGAGAUGGAGCGUUACCUUGGAGUAAGCGCCGGCACUCCAGUCAACUCCACCAACACCACCGCCACCCCGGGAGCGGCCUUCCACGUUGAGCUGAUGAUGGAGCGGUUGGCCGUGGUGGGUCUGCUGGCGCUGGUGACGCUGCUGACGGCCGUGGUGAACGGCGCUGUCAUCGCAGCCAUCUGCACCACCAAGAAGCUCCACCUCCCUGCAAACUACCUCAUCUGCUCCCUGGCCGUCACCGACUUCCUGGUGGCCGUGCUGGUCAUGCCCAUCAGCAUCCUCUACAUCACCACCGAGACGUGGCUGCUGGGGCCGUUCGUGUGCGAGGCGUGGCUGAGCGUCGACAUGACCUGCUGCACCUGCUCCAUCCUGCACCUGUGUGUGAUCGCGCUGGACCGCUACUGGGCCAUCACUAAAGCCAUCGAAUACGCCCGCAAGAGGACGCCCCGCCGCGCCGGCGUCAUGGUGGCCAUCGUCUGGGUGAUUUCUAUCUUCAUCACCAUUCCGCCUCUGUUCUGGAGGCAGCGCGGUGACGGGACGGGCCCGCAGCAGUGCUUCAUCGAGCACGACCACGUGGGCUACACCAUCUACUCCACGUUCGGUGCUUUCUACAUCCCCAUGACUCUCAUCCUCAUCCUGUACUCCCGGAUUUACAGCGCGGCCAAGACGCUGUACCAGAAGCGCGGCUCCUCGCGCCACCUCAGCAGCCGCAGCACCGACAGCACCAACUCGCUGAACCACUGCCGCGUCACGCACGCCUUCUGCGUCUCGGACAUGUCCAACUCCGACCACGCCGCGGAGUUCGACCGCAACCACGUCACCGUCCGCGUGCCGCCGCUCGAUAUGGAGACGCCGGAACUGGACGAGAGGAACCAGAUCUGUACGUCUCGGGAGAGGAAGGCGGCUCGGAUUUUGGGGCUCAUCCUGGGAGCCUUUAUCCUGUGCUGGCUCCCGUUCUUCUUGAAAGAGCUCCUGGUGGGUUUGAAUGCGCUCAACCCCUCGCCUCACGUGUCGGACGCCCUCACCUGGCUGGGCUACGUCAACUCGCUCAUUAACCCGCUACUGUACACCAGCUUCAACGAGGACUUUAAACAGGCUUUCAAGAGACUGUUCAGGCGCAAGGAGCACACAUAGACACGUAUCUGUACGUCGGCAGCUGCUUGAUUGGGAUCAGGACAUUCUGGAACUCCAUUUGAGUUGGAUUCGUACGUUUCAAAGUCCAGCAGGAGUAUGGAAAAAACACAUGGCACGGUGUCCUCUGAAAAGAGCUAAUUACAUUUUAAUAA